GGGAGGGGGGGAGGGGGGAUACAGAGGGAGGAAGAAGCGGCGGCGGCGGCUCCUCUUUGCUGAGGGGGAAAACUCCGAGGGAUAAGAGCAGGUAUAAUGCGGUAGGCAAGGCGGGCUGCUCGCUCCCAGCUCGGCAGCAGCCCGAGCAGCGGCAGCAGCAGCGGCAGCACCCUCAGGCGCUGACAGCCUCGCCGGCCGGCUCCCUCGCUGACCGCCGACUGUCAAUGGAGCUGGAAAACAUCGUGGCCAACACGGUCUUGCUGAAAGCCAGGGAAGGGGGCGGAGGAAAGCGCAAAGGGAAAAGCAAGAAGUGGAAGGAAAUCCUGAAGUUCCCUCACAUUAGCCAGUGCGAAGACCUCCGAAGGACCAUAGACAGAGAUUACUGCAGUUUAUGUGACAAGCAGCCAAUUGGGAGGCUGCUUUUCCGGCAGUUCUGUGAAACCAGACCUGGGCUGGAAUCUUACAUUCAGUUCCUUGACGCAGUGGCAGAAUAUGAAGUUACUCCAGAUGAAAAGCUGGGGAAAAAAGGGAAGGAAAUUAUGACCAAGUACCUCACCCCAAAGUCCCCGGUUUUCAUCGCCCAAGUUGGUCAGGACCUGGUCUCCCAGACGGAGGAGAAGCUCCUUCAGAAGCCCUGCAAAGAACUCUUCGCUGCCUGUGUGCAGUACGGCCUCGGCUCACAUUCCACAUUCGUUGAGCCUCCUGCCCUUCCCUCCCAGCAAGCAAGGACUGCUCACCUCCCAGUGCAAGGCCUAGGGGCGGUGGCCUGCGAUUUGAACCCCCAGCCCCAAAGCAAGUCCUUGAGGGUCCUGUCUGCAGCGAUGAUUGCAGGGGUUCCCCAGGGCCUGGUUUGGAAGACAUGGAAUUGUGCCUCACACUGGCUGCUCUCAAUACUGUUUAUUUCUUCUGGAUUCUACUAUGAGACCCAUGUUGGAUUUUUGCUUUUUUGCAGGCAACCGAUAACCAAAAACACUUUCAGACAAUACCGAGUACUAGGAAAAGGGGGUUUUGGGGAGGUCUGUGCCUGCCAGGUUCGGGCCACGGGUAAAAUGUACGCCUGCAAGCGCUUGGAGAAGAAGAGGAUCAAAAAGAGGAAAGGGGAGUCCAUGGCUCUGAACGAGAAGCAGAUCCUGGAGAAGGUCAACAGUCAGUUUGUGGUCAACCUGGCCUACGCCUAUGAGACCAAGGACGCUCUGUGCUUGGUCCUGACCAUCAUGAACGGGGGGGACCUUAAGUUCCAUAUCUACAACAUGGGGAACCCCGGCUUUGAAGAGGAGCGUGCCCUGUUCUACGCAGCUGAGAUCCUGUGCGGCUUGGAAGAUCUCCACCGCGAGAACACCGUCUACAGAGAUUUGAAACCGGAAAAUAUCCUGUUAGACGAUUACGGCCACAUUAGGAUCUCGGACCUGGGCCUGGCCGUGAAGAUCCCUGAAGGAGACCUGAUCCGUGGCCGGGUGGGCACUGUCGGCUACAUGGCUCCGGAGGUCCUGAACAACCAGAGGUACGGCCUGAGCCCUGACUACUGGGGUCUGGGCUGCCUCAUCUACGAGAUGAUUGAGGGCCAGUCGCCCUUCCGUGGCCGCAAGGAGAAGGUGAAGAGGGAGGAGGUGGACCGCCGGGUCCUGGAGACCGAGGAGGUGUACUCGCACAAGUUCUCCGAGGAGGCCAAGUCCAUCUGCAAAAUGCUGCUUACCAAAGAUGCAAAACAGAGGCUGGGCUGCCAGGAGGAAGGGGCCGCGGAGGUCAAGAGACACCCCUUCUUCAGGAACAUGAAUUUCAAGCGCUUAGAAGCUGGGAUGUUGGACCCUCCCUUUAUUCCAGAUCCCCGGGCCGUGUACUGCAAGGACGUGCUGGACAUCGAGCAGUUCUCCACCGUGAAGGGCGUCAACCUGGACCACACGGACGAUGACUUCUACUCCAAGUUCUCCACGGGCUCCGUGCCCAUCCCGUGGCAAAGCGAGAUGAUAGAAACAGAGUGCUUUAAGGAGCUGAACGUGUUUGGACCCAAUGGUACCCUCUCACCAGACCUGAACAGAAGCCGCCCUCCGGAACCGCCGAAGAAAGGGCUGCUCCAGAGGCUCUUCAAGCGUCAGCAUCAGAACAAUUCCAAGAGUUCGCCCAAUUCCAAGACCAGUUUUAACCACCACAUAAAUUCAAACCAUGUCAGCUCAAACUCCACUGGAAGCAGCUAGUUGCUGCUCCGGCCUUGAAGUCCAUGGUGGGACCAGCCUAGACCCUUCUUCUCCUUGGAAGUGGACUUGUGCCCAGUGGAGCUUCCGCACUGGCAGGACGGACAGGGGAGCCCUCCCGGAGCCGGGGAAGGAGGCCAUCCACCUCCUCGAUGUGGAGCCUCCAGGUUCCUCAAAGAGAUUUCCACUCAGGUCUGUGUUCGAAGGCGGCCCUCAGGCCGAGGUGGAUCAGAUGUGUCUCGGUCGAACAUUGCAAUAGAAAUCCAAUUGGAUACGACAACUUGCACGUAUUUUAAUAGCGUCAUAACUAGAACUGAAUUUUGUCUUCGUUAUUUUUAAAGAAAAGUUUUGUAAAUUUCUCUGUUGUCUCAGUUUACAUUUUGUAUAUUUGUAUUUAAAUGAAAGUCAGACUUUGAGGGUGUAUAUUUUCUGUAUAGCCACUGUUAAGCCAUGUGUUUUAAGACAUUUGAGGGGUGGGAGUGGGGAUUUACCAAAAAAAAAAAAAAAGAAAGAAAAAUGUGACUCAAGACUUCCAGCGCCUCAAAUGAGAAAAUGUUUUUAUUAAAUGUAGAAAAGAAUUCACAUUUCACUUCUAAAGGAUUGGUUGUAUCCAUCUCUAUAACCCUUCCCUUGCUUUGGUAUCACCGUUCUGUUGGCUUGUAACGAUCAGAAUUAAAUGCUCAAAGGCACAUUGGGACUUCACCCCCAGCCAGAAUGUCUUCCGUUGGGGUCCACGGAGUUGCCUGGGGCCAGCUCUGCCAAGAUGUGCACUUUUCCAUUUGGGGCGCACGGCACCAUUGCUCCUUUGGCCUCAGCCUCCUCUUCCUUCUGGAAGGCAGCCGGUACGCGGAGCUGAGGGUCUUCAGCACAGUGGUGUCUGGGCCUCCUUCUUUCUGAACAGGUUCUGACUGCUAAAGCCAGUAUGUCUCCAAGAGGUUUGCAUUUGGGGAUUGUUUUAUUCUAUUGUUAAGAGAGGCAUAGCAAUGAUAAGGAGCAGCCAGGGGCCCAGGAGUCCCAGACCCUUCCAGCCCAUGGAAGCACCAGGGAGCGGGGCUCAUGGGGUCAUCCUAAAUGAGAGCGGAGAGGCUCACCCAGGAUCUCUGGGCACGUUCCCUGAGUGUUUACGGGGUCAUGGGGUCUUGAGAGCUUCACAGGGCCCCACAGAUUCACUGGCCCGGGUGGCAUGGAUGGGUGGAGUUGGCCCUUCAAGCAAGUGAGAUGCCCAAGGAGAGGCCAGGCCACCAAAGAAGCUCAAGACAAACUCACUGUCACUUGUGGGAGCAGUGGGGGCAGAGGUGAGUGCUAAUCAGGCAACUCAAAGCUCCAGGCACAAGUUGCCCCAGGAGGACUCAGCGUUGCCAGACCAGGGCCUCGGAGGGCAGUCCCGGGGCCCUCUGAGCAUGGCUGCCCAGCCCCAGGGAGCCGCCGGCCUCUCCCUGCUGCCUCUACAAGGCGACAAGGAGCAAACCCUCCUUUGCCUCCUCUCCAGGGCGGGGUGAGUGGUUGCCUCCCCGAGCUCCCCUGCCUGCUGAGUUCGCCUCAGUCAGACCUGGGUUCUCCAGGUGUGGGUGCUGCACUUCCUGCAGCGGCAUCUCCAACUUAAAUACAAAUUCUGGGCUUCACCCCAAACCUACGGACUGGGAUUCUCUGGGAGUAGGGCCCAGGGAUCUGCAUCUCUCUGGGUCAUUCUGCUGCACCCUGGAGUGUGCGAAUCACUACUUCAGGCCGUUGGUGGGACUUCGGAUGCGACCCUCCCAUGCUUAUUUCUCCAGGUGACUGGGCAGCUAUGGAGCCUGAGCUUCUAGGGAGGAGAGAAGCCAGUAUGUCAGCCUUGUGUCCCAAUUUCCAUGCUCCUUCCCGAGUGUGCCGUUGGGCCCCGGGGCACACUGCGAGAAAGGGGCCUGACCUUUGCAACUGACUGUCUUGAGGUCAUUUUACAAACAAAGGGGAGAAAAGAAACAGUUGGGCCUCGCUUGGAUCCCUUUAAUAUGCAGUGUUAUUUUCUUGGAGACCAGCUCUUGUCUCUGGGGCUGCUUCCCCCACCCUUCUUGGGCUGAAUACAAGAUGAAUACAAACAGCCAUAUUCAAUUUUUGUUGAGGAAGUGGAGAGCUCUUUGGCCAGUAUUUUAAGAUUCCCAACUCUUACUGACCCUCCUUUCUUAAGAAAAAGGACAAUCAUCUUCCUGGGACCGUCCCACCCUCUGGUCCAGAAGUUUCAUUCAUUUUGCCCAACUCACAGCAACCCAACCCUGUCCAGGUGCAUGGUGUGAAGAAGCCAGUCUCUUUGCUCCUCAAAUCCAACACACUGUCCAUUUUCAGCAGAGAAUCCUCAAGGAGCAAGAAAAAAACAUGCAUCUGCUCAGUGUUUCUGCGUCAUGAGACCACAGAUGCUAAGGCACAGAGCUUUGCGUGGCCCUUAGAAUAACGGCGAUCUUCCUUCACAUUCGCCACCUGCCCCAUGAUUGCCCAGAGGACGCGAAGUUGAGUCACUGGCCUUUGCAGUCCUCUUCCUUUUGGCCCAUUGCUUUGUACAGAGGGACAUCUUCAUUUAGCAGUGUCUGAAAGUCAGCCCCCUCCCCAUCAGGUCCCCGGUCACCACAGUUCCUGUCCCUGGACCACCCCUCCCCUCUGACUUCUACUCCAGCCUGUUUUCUAUAGCUGCAUUUUUAAAAAGAUUUUUUAAUUAAAAUAAAAAACACCUUUCCACCAUCCACUUAUCAGGAUGAGGCGUGUUUGGACAGUGAGUGGAUUUAAAUAUUUUUUUUUACUGCAUUUGAGCUCUUCGCAGAAGAGCUUUCUUCCUCCAAGUGUAAUGUUUUUUCUCGCUGGACCUUCGCCGACUUUGUGCUUUUGAGGUGAGAUGCAGGGUCUUGCAGCAUUAUCUCUGCUUCCACUUUUCUGGAGACAAGCCGCUGUCCCCGGCGGGGGCCCCCAUGAUAUCACCCAUAAGAUCACGAAGACCCAACCCCACCUUCAUGGAGGAUGACACCACCUCCCACAUCAAUUCAACCUCUUAUCUUUCUAGGCCAGGAACAUCACUUCAUAAACCAUGAGCUUCUUGUGAGAGCGACUCACUUGCACGGUAGCCAAGUGUUGCUCUGUCUUGAGCAGCCCCUGGAGGGCUUGUUUCCCGAGAUACACUGCUCUUAGCCAAGGGGAGCACUUGGUCUCGGAGGCUGUGCUGCGUGGAAGCAGUGUGGCCUGGUGGAGGCACGCUUCUCGGGCAGCCUGCUGGGGAGAUGGCAGCGAGUUCUGGAGACACAUUAUUUGGACGUGGCCUUGGCAUUGAAGGCACAAGUAAGAUGUGGCCACCUGCCCUUGACCCUCACAAGCCCUGAUGAUGCUGAGGGCCUGCCCUCCGAGAAGCUUGGGGUCUCCAUGCGGCUUGGAGGAGCCCAGCCCACCAUGGAAGUACCCCCUUAUUCUUCCACACCCCUGUCCUUUCCCCAAAGGUCUCCCACCAACUUUCUCACGUGAGCUGCUGGCCCAGACCUCCGUACAGAGAGGGCACUGCAGCCUCCUUGAUCCUGGCAUCCCAGGCCUUGCCAGAGGGAGCAGCGGCCUCAUGGACCACUAGAAGUCCACCAAGAUGAAGAGGAAAUGCCAACUGAGGUGAUGCCCGGCUCUCCUCUUGGGCUGCUGUGUGCUCACACAUCCCGGAGCAACCCCUCUGAUUGUCUCCUCUCAUAGCUCCACUCUCUGAGACAGGAUCUCCUAACUUUUUAGCCUUUGUAUCGAAAGUGAAUCCUUGUGCAUUGCCAAGUGACGGAGUCAUGAACGGCAGAGAGCUCCCUUCUUUCUGAUCACAACAGACAACGAUGGUGACACCUCAUCCACCGAGGCACCUCCUGUACCUGCUUAAUCAACCAACCAGCCCAGCUUCUGAAGAUCCAGUGUGUGCGAGUCAGACCCUGCUCAGGCGCGAGUGCCUCGUCUGAUCUAACUUUAAAGGCUUGUGUUGUGGACAGUGGUUAAAACAUUUGAGAGGCUAGCUUUCCUCCAGAGGGAAAGACAUUUUCCAAAAGAAGAAUCUAGAUGUCUUUUGCCAGUCCAUCAAUAAGUCUUUUUCGUAAUAGAUCAAAAGCGAUUGUUCUCAAUUAGAAGAGCUUAGUGGCUGUUGGUAGUGUUGAAAUAAUGAUCCUUCUAGUAUCCAAAGGUUUCCAUUUUUUUUUUCAGGGAGAUUUUAACAUUGAUGAAUAAACAUAGCUCCACUUUGGAGGGCAUUCCUGAAGAUAACGGCUUUUGUUUCCCUGCUGCUCUGAAUCUUUGUAUAUUUUGUCGAAUAUGUCACAGUGCUGCUGUAUCUAGAUCGAACCACUGUUGUUUUUUUAAAGAGAAAUAAAUUCCUUAAUGAAAA